AUGGCAUCAGUACCAAGCGGAGUUCCGGCUGAGGAGAUGGCCCGUCUUUCACUAUCGUCCAAGACGGUCCAUGCAGAUGAUGCUAUUUCGGCGCAUAGGGCCGUAGCACCUGCUAUGCAUGUCAGCACGACGUUUCGAUACAGUGAUGACCCGGAGCAGCUGAAGAAUAGCGCGGAUCCCACCAAGCUGGGGGAUUGGAAUAAUCCCGAUCCCAACGCUCCACUGGACUCGCAUAUUUACUCGCGGGAUUCCAACCCCAACACGACUCGUCUCGAGGCUGUUCUAUCAAGCAUUCUCGGCGGCCCGUCGCUCACCUAUGCUUCCGGCCUGGCUGCAUUCCAUGCCAUGCUUAUUCGGCUGAAUCCCAAGCGCAUUGCCAUUGGCGAAGGAUACCAUGGGUGCCACGGCGUCAUCAAGGUCGUCUCCCGCUUAACUGGUCUUCAGAAACUUCCUUUGGACUGUGACCCGUCCGAAUUGGGGCCUGGCGACAUCAUCCAUGUGGAAACACCGUUAAAUCCCACAGGCGAAGCUCGCAACCUCCAGUUCUACGCCGACAAAGCGCACAAAGCCGGUGCCUUCUUGACCGUGGAUGCCACGUUUGCGCCACCUCCACUUCAGAAUCCCUUCGACUUUGGAGCUGACAUCAUCAUGCACAGCGGAACAAAGUACAUUGGCGGGCACUCCGACAUGCUGUGCGGCGUUCUGGCAGUCCGGCCCGGGAACAGCUGGGCCAAGGAGCUCCGCGAAGAGCGUCUCGUUCUCGGCUCGGUAAUGGGCAGCAUGGAGGGCUGGCUGGGACUCAGAUCUCUUCGGACGCUGGAGCUGCGAGUCGCUAGGCAGAGCCAGACGGCGGCAGCACUUGUCAAAUGGCUCUCAAGUCAGCUCGGCGACUCGUCCACUGUUGUCGGACAGCUCGUCGAGAAGCUUCACCAUGCUAGUCUGCAGCCUGAGGCGGCAGAGGAAGGGAGCUGGCUGAGACAACAAAUGCCUGCCGGGUAUGGACCUGUUUUCGCUAUUGUCAUGAAGGACAUGGAUCUUGCCAAGAAGCUUCCUAGUAGACUGAGAUUAUUUCACCACGCCACCAGUUUGGGGGGCAUUGAGAGCUUGAUCGAGUGGCGGGCCAUGACGGACCCGCUUGUUGACCAGAGACUGUUGCGAGUGAGCAUUGGCGUGGAAGGGUUUGAGGACUUGAAGAGGGAUAUUGAGCAGGCUUUUGAAAGUUUGAAGAACGACAGCGACAGCGACAUCGACAUCAACAUCGACAUCGACAUCGGCAUUCUUUCUCCGAUCCAUCUGUCCCAGCAACAAAUAUCCCCAUCGACUCCUCAUCGAUCGACCUCACGAAUCGAUGCCGAUGAAGUGAAGCCCACCAGAUUCCACACAUCAAACGGCGUUGCGGGCAUCACGACCGGGCGCGCAUCGUCGACGGUAUCAACAAACCAUCCUCCCCGCCUUCGCCUCCAUCUAAAUGCCCUCAUGCCGCGCCUCGCCCUCUUCCGCCUGCCAACCAAGCUUCGGCGCCAAGUACGCCGCAAUAGAAUGGCUACCCUCACGCUGCUGGGCAUCCUCGCGCUCCUCCUCAUCUUCCCCAUCUACUCGAUAUACUGCAUAUACAAGCCGCCCAAGGCGCUGAUAGGCUACCUGCGCCAAAAGUACCCAGACGUGCUCUUCGAGGUGACGACGGACGAGAAGGUGGUGGCCCUCUCGCUCGACGACGCGCCGUCAGCGCACACGGGCGAGAUCAUGGACGUACUCAAGGAGCACGGCGCCCACGCGACCUUUUUCGUCAUCGGCGCCCAGGCCGACGGCCGGCAGGAGACACUGCGGUCGCUGAUACGCGAGGGCCACGAGCUCGCCAACCACGGCAUGCACGACGAGCCCGCCAACAAGCUGGGCAUGGACGAGCUCGAGAGGCAGGUCGGCGAGGUCAAGGCGAAGCUGGUGGCCGCGUACGAGGCCGAGGGCAAGACGCUGCCCAACAACUACUACCGCCCGGGCUCCGGCUUCUUCAACUACAAGAUGCGCGACAUGCUGGGCAACAGGGGCUACCGCAUCACGCUGGGCAGCGUGUACCCUCACGAUCCGCAGAUUCCGUACCCCAAGAGGAACGCCAAGCACAUCCUGAGCAUGGUGCACCCGGGCGCCAUUGUCAUUUGCCACGACAGGCGGGAGUGGACGGCGCCCAUGUUGAGGAUGAUUUUGCCGGAGCUGAAAGAGAAGGGGUACAAGAUUGUUACUAUAAGCGAUCUUGUCAAGAUGGUUGAGCCGCUGGGCGGGCGGUAG